AUGUUUUACCUCAACGGAGAGCUCAUCGCCCCAGCAAAGGUGGAUGCAGGACCGAUGGCGUGUAGCUACCGCGCUGAACCUAUCGCACUGCAAGUUGGCCUGCAGAAAUUGCUGGACAUCAUUCCCCGCCAAAGCACACGACCGUGCAGAGACUCCGUCUUCACGGACCCGCCGUCGCUCCUCAUAGCGCUCCAAACAGGCCCACUGACAGUAACAGACCUCAUGUUGCGAAAAAUAUGGAGCCCAAUAUUGGACCUACAACGCCACAAGGCACGCGUACGGCUACAGUUUAUACUUGGCCACUGUGGCGCUGCAAAGAAUGAGGCAUGCGAUAAGGAAGCCAAGACGGCCCCUGACCUACCGCAGCGCGGAGACACGUGGAUACCGGAUGUGGUGGCGCUGGCAAAACGUCACAUACGCAGCCAGCUGCCCAAACCAUCCACCCACCGCUCCAGCAUCACCGGUCAUUGGAACCCGACGCGCAAUGAUCCCAGCUUAACUCGGGAAGAAGAGGCGGCCC